AUGACGAUCACCUCAUCCGUCAAGCUCGCUGGAGGCACGCUGUCAGUCUGUGGCCGGGCGGUCCUGUCCGGCGUGCCCGCAGCCGUAGUAGCGUCCUCUGCUGCAGCGAGGGGAGCAGUCGACGGGGUCUUCCUCGGCGCCGACCUCGCCGAGUCAGCCUCCCGCCAUGUCGUCUCCGUCGGCGCCUUACGGUCUGGUGCCGACCCUGAGAACACGGACGUGCGGUUCAUGGCGUGUUUCCGGAGCAAGCUGUGGUGGAUGUCGCAGCGGAUGGGGGACAAGGGCGGCGACGUCCCACACGAGACGCAGUUCCUGCUCGUGGAGUCCAGGGGCGCCGGCGGCGGUGAGGACGCGGCGUACGUCGUGUUCCUCCCGCUCGUGGAGGGCGCGUUCCGUGCCAGCCUCCAGGGCGGCGCGGGCGAUGAGCUGGAGCUCUGCGUCGAGAGCGGGGACGCCGACACGCGCGCGGCAUCCUUCGAGCACGCGCUCUUCGUGGGCGCCGCGGAGUCCGAUCCCUUCGCGGCCAUCGCCGGCGCCGUCGCCGCGGCCAAGUCCGCGCUCAAGACGUUCCGGGUCCGCGCCGAGAAGAAGCUCCCGGGCAUCGUCGACUACUUCGGCUGGUGCACCUGGGACGCCUUCUACCAGGACGUCACGCAGGAGGGCGUCGAGGCCGGGCUCCGCAGCCUCGUCGCCGGCGGCGCGCCGCCCAAGUUCGUCAUAAUAGACGACGGCUGGCAGUCCGUAGGGACGGACCAACCCAACCCCGACGACCCAGCAGGAGAGGCCAAGCAGCCGCGCUUGCCUCGGCUCACCGGCAUCAGGGAGAACAGCAAGUUCCAGAGCCACGACGACCCGGCCGCGGGCAUCAGGACGGUGGUGCGCGCGGCGAAGGAAGAGUACGGCCUCAAGUACGUCUUCGUCUGGCACGCCAUCACCGGCUACUGGGGCGGUGUCCGUCCAGGCGCCGCCGGCAUGGAGCAGUACGUCUCCAGGAUGCAGUUCCCCGAGAUCUCGCCGGGCGUUGCCGAGAACGACCCCGGCAUGAAGACCGACUGGAUCACCGCCCAAGGGGUCGGCCUCAUGCACCCGCGCGCCGUGUACCGCUUCUACGACGAGCAGCAUGCGUACCUCGCCGCCGCCGGGGUCGACGGCGUCAAGGUGGAUGAGCAGUGCAUCCUGGAGACGCUCGGCGCCGGCCACGGCGGCCGCGCGCAGCUCACGAGGCAAUACCACCAGGCGCUCGACGCCUCCGUCGCCAAGAAUUUCCCGGAGAACGGCAUCAUCGCCUGCAUGAGCCACAACACCGACGCCCUCUACUGCUCGAAGCAGACGGCGGUGGUGAGAGCGUCAGAUGACUUCUUCCCGAGGGACCCCGCGUCGCACACGGUGCACAUCGCCGCGGUGGCGUACAACAGCGUGUUCCUCGGCGAGUUCAUGCUCCCGGACUGGGACAUGUUCCACUCCCUCCACCCGGCCGGCGAGUACCAUGGCUCGGCCCGUGCGAUCAGCGGCGGCCCUGUCUAUGUCAGUGACGCCCCCGGCAAGCACGACUUGGAGCUGCUGAAGAAGAUCGUCUUGCCGGACGGCUCCGUGCUCCGUGCGCGUCUGCCUGGCAGGCCGACCAAGGACUGCCUGUUCACCGACCCGGCACGUGACGGUGUCAGCUUGCUCAAGAUAUGGAACAUGAACAAGUUCACCGGCGUCCUCGGCGUGUACAACUGCCAGGGCGCGGCGUGGAGCUUCGCGGAGAAGAAGACCACGUUCCACCCGGCCAGCGUCGACGCCCUGACGUGCGGCGUCAGGGGCAGCGACGUCCACCUCAUUUCCGAGGCCGCGACGGACGCCGAAUGGAACGGCGACUGCGCCGUGUACCGCCAUGCCAGUGGCGACCUCGUCGUCCUCCCGAACGGCGCGGCACUGCCCGUCUCCCUCAAGGUCCUCGAGCAAGACAUCCUCACCGUCUCGCCGGUCAAGGAGUUGGCACCCGGGUUCAGGUUCGCCCCGAUCGGGCUCGUCGACAUGUUCAACAGCGGCGCGGCGGUGGAAGGCCUGACGUACCACCUGCUCGACGGCGCAAAGCUGCUCGACGACAACGGGUCCACUCCUAGCUCGGAUGCCACCGGAUUGGUGUGCGUGGAAGUGAGGGGGUGUGGCAGGUUCGGUGCCUACUCCUCUGUCAGGCCAAGGAGAUGUUUGCUGGGCUCUGCGCAGCUGGAGUUCACCUAUGAUUCUUCCUCCGGCAUUGUUGUUUUGCAGCUGGAGGCGAUGCCCAAGGAGAGGGUUCACAGGAUUGUCAUUGAGCUGUAG